AUGAGCAAACGGAGGAAGACAGGCUCGCGCGCGGUCCCAACCUUCGGUGCUCCCAACGAAGACGACGACGAGAUGACUGCUAUGGCUUCGUCUGACUCAGUGUCGACCCGAACUUUGCCAGCAACUAGUGUGCCCUCCCUGCUUACACUGUGCAUGCGCCGCUUCGUCGACAAGUAUACAUACAUCAGGCAGAAUCCUGAGGGAAGGCUCUGGCGACACACCUCGCAGUCUCUGCGUAUGCUACCUGAACCUCUGCUGCCUAGGCUCUUCGCUAUGUUGAGUCAGCGCUGGCCGACCUUCUUGCCUGACAACGUUAUUCAACCUUACUUCAUGCGCGACGCCCGCACCAUAGUCUUGUCGGAUGCUCUGACCGGUGUCAAGAAGCAGACCAUAAACUCCCUGAAAAUAUGCGCACCGCACCUCAAUCACCUCGAGCUAUCAGGCUUCUCGAAAUUCGAAGACAACCUGUUUGCCGGAAUUCUGUCUCAUCUGCCCGAGCUCAAGACGUUGAACCUGCGCGGAUGCAAAGAAGUCGGACAUGCUACUGUAGAAGCUGCCGCCCAGCAUUGCCCCGGUCUGGAGGUCGCCAACUUCAACUACACCUCUGUCACGCCUAUAUCUCUACAGGGUCUGCUCGUCAACUGCAAGAAUUUGAAAGUCCUGAAAGUUGCCGGAAUAUCCAGUUGGUCCGACGGCACCCUCCAAAAGCUCCUCGCCGCCCUCGCUGCCUCCACCAUCACCUCCCUCCCCGCCCUCCACAACCUCAAACUACGGCAACUCUCCAUAACAAACACCUCCGCCACCCCCUUCGUCGCCCUCUUCCCCAACCUCCGUCGCCUCGAUAUCUCGUUCACCAACAUCCAGCACAUUCCAACCUCGAGCCCACAUAUCGAGAAGUUGGCGAUGUCGUCGACGCCGUUGGCCGUGUCUUCGAAAAGUUUUCAAUUUCCUGCGGAAUUCCUGCAGCUGAGGACCCUCAGCAUUGGCGCCCUGGGGCAGUCGGCGAAAUCGUCGGGGGCGCUGGUGUUGACGGAGGUAUUGUUGUUGGAACUGACGGAUAUUCUGGCUCCGCUGGAUCAUUUGGAACAUGUCAAUAUGGCGAGCAAUACAAAGCUGACGAGCAAGUCGAUCAGUGAGUUCAUGAGCUUGGUAGGGAGGCGGUGCAAGAUAGUGAACCUAUCUGCCAUACCUCGUCUCCGUUCAGACGGACUCGCCGGCCUCGUCGCGGAAGACGGAACAGACUGCUCUAUCGAGGUUCUCACCCUCAAUAACACCGCCAUCGACGACGAUGCUGCGCCUUAUAUCGCCUGUUGCAAGCAGUUGAGCCGAUUGGGGCUGGCGUCUACGCGGAUCACUAAGGAUGGGCUGUUCAUCAUCAUCGACGCUUGUGCCCGGCUUGAGAAUAUCAAGCUUACGUCUUGUCGAGGCGUCAAGUUGCAGGAUCGCAAGCGUAUCUUUGAGGUGGGUACUUCGACGUCAAACACAUUCCAACCCACUGACAAGAGGGCAUAG